AUGAAAUUCUUUGCGGUAUUCUGCGCCGUGUUGGCGGUGGCUUCCGCAGGUUACCUUCACGGUAACCACCACCAUUUGCCGGCGAGUUACUCGGCUCCGCUGAGUUCUUCAAUAAGCUACUCCGCACCAGCCGUCAGCUACGCCGCUCCAGCCGUCAGCUACGCCGCACCAGCCGUCAGCUCCGUCAGCUACGCUCCAUCCGUAGCUCGGUACGCGUCAGCUGCACCCGUCAGCUAUGCCGCUCCACUGGCUAGCAGUGUGAGCUACUCUGCCCCGGCUCUAUCCCACUCCAGUCUCAGCCACGCUCUCCCAGCCGCAUCUUUGAGCCAUUACUCUGCGCCCGCACUUAGCAGUUACUCGGCUCCUGCCGUCAGCAGUUACCACGCCCCCGCAGUCAGCAGUUACUCGGCUCCUGCCGUCAGCAGUUACCACGCCCCCGCACUUAGCAGUUACUCGGCUCCUGCCGUCAGCAGUUAUCACGCCCCCACACUGAGCAGUUACCACGCCCCCGCACUUAGCAGUUACUCGGCUCCUGCCGUCAGCAGUUACCACGCCCCCGCAGUCAGCAGUUACCACGCCCCUGCAGUCAGUCAUGUAUCCGCUCCCGCUAUUAGCAGUUAUUCAGCAGCGCCUGCCGUUAGCCAUUAUUCUGCUCCUGCGAUCAGCAGUUACUCCUCCCCGGCUCUUAGCAGCUACCAUGCCCCAGCUCUUAGCAGCUAUCACGCCCCAGCUCUUAGUAGUUACCACGCCCCCGCGCUCAGCAGUUACCACGCUCCCGCGCUCAGCAGUUACCACGCUCCCGCGCUCAGCAGUUAUGCUGCCCCUGCGGUCAGCUACGCGGCCCCUGUGGUCCGCGCUCCCAUCCGCACCGUGGUCCGUGCUCCCGCGGUCGUCGCCGCCCCCGCAGCCCGCGUCGUUUCUUACAAGAAAGUCAUCCACGUCCCCAAAGUGGUGACCGUCAACAAAGUCGUCUCGUCUCCCAGCUACGGCUCCGGGUACGCCAGCGGUUGGUGGUGA